AUGGUGACCUUUAGGCAGCUGGAGAUCUUGUUUGGGUUCAACUAUGGAGAGGGAACCAAGUGGAACUUCAAGGAAAAGGAACUCCAAAGGGUUUGGGCUACAAUCGCUGAUGGAGUGUACUCUUCCUCAAGGUCCAAGGCAGCUCAGAUCAGGAGCCCAGUCUUGAGAUAUGUGCACAAGGCACUUGCCAACACCUUCUUUGCAAGGAAGGCAACCGGGACAAUCAACGAGGGGGAACUCAAGUUUCUUGACAUGGGAAUCAAGCCCUUCUCUCACGCACAAGCGAUGGCAAGAGGAUCAGGGGAGAUAGGAGAGCUACUGAACCAGGUUGGAUGGACAUCAAGUUUUGCAAGACCAACCUCCUCAUUGAGCACAAGGAGUUGGAUGGGAGGUUCCAAUUCAAGUUCACACAUCCAUUGGCUGGACCCUCCAAGCUUCUCCUGCCUAACCCAGAGCUCACCACAGUGUCCAGGGAGCGCUGAUUUGGGUGAGCCUGAGUGCUACUACUUUGAGGAGUAUGAGGCUCCAAGGAUGAACCCCUCUGUUGUGGCUGCCCACAAGAGGAUUGGACUUCUCCAAAAGUUCAACAAAUGGCAAGGGAAAGCCAUUGAGAAGAUGCAAAAGUCCAUGGACAAGAUGGUGAGCAAGAUCAAAAGUUUGGAGAAGAAGGUUUCUGGUUCUUCAAGCAAGAAGAAGUCCAAGGCCCCCACAUUCCCUAGGAGUAGUCACUCCUCACCACCCAAGGAGGCUCCCUGCCCAAGAGCCUCACAGAGCCUCUUCUUUCGAGCCAAGGGAAGGAGAGACAACACGCAGAGAAGGAGGAAGAGUUCCAAGGCCAGACGCUCCAGCUCGACCACCGGACUCGAUCGAGUCCAAACAGAGGAAACUCAACUCGAUCGAGCUGACGGUCGAGUUGACCUGGAGGAGCCCCUGUUUGAGAACCCUGGAUUCGAGUACGAUCAACCCAGUACCAGGACUUCUCUCAGACCCUGGACUCCCUACAACCGCUUCGAGCGAGCACAGCUCCACCAAGGCCAAGGAAGCCACACCCACUUUGAAGAUGAAGAAGAAGAGGAGAGGAGCCACAAGCUCGAUCGAGCUAAGUUUGGGGGUGCCAACUCGAGCUCGAUCGAGUUGGGUGUAAAAACCAGAAAAGUGGUCUUUUGGAGCAUUCUGGAGCAUAUGGGACAUGAGGAGCAUGGAGGGACUUGGCACAUGGACGCAGCUCAACUGGAUACGCAAAGGAAGAAGGGAGAAGCCAUCUUGAAGACCAGCUCGACCGUCUACUCGACCAACCGGUCGAGUUCCUCAACUCGACCGGCCAAGCUUCAACUCGAUCGAGCUGAGAAGUCAAAGUCAAACCCGAAAAAUGUUGCUUCCCCCUUGACUUUCCUUUGA